UCACUGAUAACAUAAUCGACGACGGAUCGAGAUAGGUACGAGGUUCUAUAGUCCCACCGCCGUCUGGCUUUCUCGACGACUGCAGAUUUCGAGAGAUCCCAGCAUGAAUGAAUCCAAGACCUCAAGAAAGCGUCCCUCCUUUAAGGUACAUCCAGCGUCUGGGUGGAUCGUGCCUCGAGGUCAAUUUCCAUUCGCUAGUCUGGAAGCCGCAAUGCAGUACCAGCCUUCCGAGGGCGACAUCAUCGUAAUGACGUACCCGAAGAGCGGGACCACCUGGGUACAGUACAUGACGUACCUCCUGCUUAACAAUCUCCAACCCAUCCCGUCCGGUCGCCGCCUUGGCGAGUUCAUCCCGUUCAUUGACGAUGCCGGCACGAAGACGCUGUCUGACGUGAGGCCUCGCGGAAUGAAGACCCACUUGUCCUUCGAGGUGUUUCCGUGGAGUGCUCUUCCGCGAUACAUAUGCGUCGCCAGGAACCCCUGGGACUGCUGCGUGUCCUUCUUUCACCAUACGCGUGGAUUCCUUACAUGCUACGACUAUGAGGAUGGCAAGUUUGACGACUUCUUCGAAGACUUCCUCGAAGGCCAGAUUGAAUGCGGCGACUAUUUCGAUCACCUUUUGUCGCUGUGGAAGUACCACGACAAGGACAAUGUGCUGUUCCUGACGUACGAGGAAAUGAGUGCGAAUAGACUAGGUUGUGCCCAGCGUAUCAUUGAUCAUCUUAGGCCCAUUUUUCCUCGAGGGUGGCAGCCCGACGCGGAGGACCUGGCAGCAAAAAGUAGGAUUGACGUAAUGAAAGCAGACGAUCCGAGUAAGUGGUGUUCAGCUCGGCCAAAAGGAGUGCCCGGGUUUAUUCGUCGCGGUGUAGUGGGGGACUGGAAAAACCAUUUUGCUCCUGAACAAAGCCGGAGACUGAGCGAAAAAUUCGUGAAGAAGCUUGGCUGCACCGGAGCUGGAAAAUUGUGGAAUGAGCUGGAAGAUCUGCAGCGGGAACUGUCUUUUGUGUAGGUUGUGGCACCCAAAAC